UUUUAUAUUCCAAUAAAAGGCUUUCUUCAGGUUAUCACUUUAUUAAAAUUAAGCAAAACAAACGGUUUACUUUCACGAGCCGUGACGUAUUAGCGAGCUUGUAGGGGGAACGGGAAUCUCAUAAGUGAGAACGAGAACUUUAAAGCUUACAGGCUUCCGUAUGUCGACCGCCCGCAGCGUCUUCUGUGAUUUUUAACGGUUCGAUUCUCUCAAGUUUGCAUUCCAUGCAUUCUCGAUAUCAAGAACACAUCCGGGUGCUUUCAUGCGUCCUCUGUUCUUGCGUUCUUUAGAAUUGGAACUGUACUUCGACGGUUGAUGAUGACGUAGAGCAAGAACACAAGGACGCAAGAUUGCUGAAGAACGCAUGUUGAGUUUAUGAGGGUGCUGAUGGGCUUCAGAUCCUCCCCUUUAGAUAAGAUAUAAAACGGACACUGAAACAGGUGCGUUAUUUCAUUCACCUCCUGAUCAAAGAUGGAUCUGCAAAUCUCAGUUUUUCUUCUCUUCAUUCUUUUCACUGCAGGACACUCUCGCAGAUGUUAUGAGUGCACGAGUCUGACGGGUUCUUGUGCAGAUCAGAGGUUAAAAACAUGUCCCAGUGAAUCUUCUCAGUGCUCGAGUGUAACAUCUGUGGUACAAGUUGGUGACAUUAGAUCUAAAGUGAAGGUUAAGGAUUGUGCUCCUGCCUGUCAAAGUGGGUCCCUGAACAUAGGCAGUAUAAAGGCGACUAUUUCCUGCUGUAAUUCAGACGAAUGUAACCUUGAAGAUGCUCCAGAUCCCUCUACUGCAACCAAUGGAAAGACAUGUUACACCUGUGAUGGACAGAACUGCACAACCAUUUUGAGCUGUUUAGAGACUGAAGACCGCUGCAUUAAUGCAACAGUGACUUCUGGAGGCCAGUCAGUUUCUGUAAAAGGCUGUGCAUCUAAAUCAGUUUGUGAUGCCACAACAUCAGUUGCUGGUUUUGGGAGCAUCUCAUGUUGUAAUGGGAACCUGUGUAACGGUGCUCCGAGUGUCUCCCAGAGCUUCCUGUUCCUCUGCUGUUCUCUGCUCUCCUACUUCCUGCUGCACUGAAUCCAGCAGCUCUUCAUCCUACAAUGAGACACACUGUACUGAAUAUAUAUAUCAUCUUGUUUAUUUUAUAAGAUAUUCAGGACUGUAAUAACAAAAAAGAAAAAUCAAGUGAUCUAUUAGAAGAAAAAUAUCAUAAUUAUUUCUUUAUUGAUUCAUAUAAAUAAAUAAAUAAUCUGUUUAGUUUUCAUGAGUUUUGAAACAAUAAUUGCAUUCUCAAUAUCAGGAUUUUCCUGUUUGAGUGUUGAUUAUUAUAUCUGACAAAAAUUAGCAAUUUGAUCAAUUUGAGCUCUAUUAAUAACUGUUAUGGCUUUUCUUUAAGCCUUUGUUUUUGAUAACAGGAGUGAGCAAGAUUUCAUGUGUACAGAGUCCAUAGGGUUUUUUGAAUGGGUUUUUGCUAAAUCGCCUGAAAUAAGGUCUGUGGUUAACAAAGCCUCUAAAUAUUUUCACGUUUU